AUGAUUAAGAAGUACCUUAAUAAAUUUUUCAUUUACUUCAUUUGUUUUUCAAUUGUGUUCGUUUACAUAGUUAAUGUUAAAGUAGUUUGGAUGGAUUUGAUUGAAAGUUCGAGUUAUAGGAUUCCUUAUUUGUUGUUAUUUACGAUAUUAACUACUUUAUUGGGUUGGAGUCUAUUUAAAACAAUGUUUACAGACCCAGGCAGAGUUCCCUAAAACUGGGGAUAUUUUUUGAACGACCCUGAGUAAAAAAAAAGGAAGUUUUGUUUAGUUUGUCAUAUUUUCAAACCUGAGAGAUGCCAUCAUUGUUCAGCAUGUAAUCGAUGCGUGUUAAAUAUGGAUCACCAUUGUCCUUGGAUAAAUAAUUGCGUUGGAUUCCAAAAUAGAAAGUUUUUUAUGCAAAUGCUAUUUUAUGUUAUUCUUGAUUCCUAUUGCGCUGUAAUUGGAUUGGGUUAUGGUUUAUACAUAGAAUUUGAAAAUAUUAUGCUCUAUCUUAAUUCAGAAGGAGAUCUACAUUUUAUUGAUGCCCUUUUAUUAUUAUGCGCAUUUGGAAUUAGUUGUUUAGCAUCAUGUUUAAUAACUAUGUUUUUUAAAUUUCAUUUAGAAUUGGUAUUAAGUAAUAGAACCACAAUAGAAAACUUAGAGAAGAAAAGAAAUGAAGAGACAGGCUAACAAAAUGAUGAUUUUAAUCAAUAUGAUUUGAAACCAUAUUACAAUUGGGUACAAGUAUUUGGAAUGAGUAAAUUGUCAUGGUUCCUGCCAAUUUAAAUGGAAGGAGGACGUCCUGUUGGUGAUGGUAUAUUGUGGCCUAAAAAUCAUCAUAAUGACAGCUUGUUACUCAAAGACCAUGCUUCCAAUCCAAUUUAUAAUGGGAAAGGAGACAAUUUCUAAAUGCAAUAAUACAACAAUUAACUCUUUCAUAGUAACAAUUAAUAAUUCAGAUCAUCGUCGACUCAGCAUCAAUGAUCCAAAUUAAUGAAUUAAUUAUUAUUGUUUUAAAUUAUCUUCGGAAAAUUAUUUACAAAAA